CACAUGUGAGCAAAACAAAAGCAUCCAAACUAAAAUGAUUCAACCUUCGCGGCAACAAAUUCUGCGUUUAUACAAGCAUUUAAUUCGAUACGGCAAUCAUUUAAAGCUGACAGACAAGAACUAUUUUUUAGGAAGAGUGAGGCACGAGUUCCGGGACAACCGGUCCCUCACGAAUCCGGUAGAAAUCGAAUUUAGUUUUAAGCGCGGAGAGACCCUGCUAAAAAAGGGUAGAAUUCUGUAGGGAUGUUGCGAGGUCUGGUGCGAAUCUUGGUGCUUCCUUCGCCUCCUGUGCGCUGCAAAUCCACUGCCAAUCU